AUGAAAAGAAGAGAUUUAAGCAGCUGUGAAGGAGGAAAGUGCUUAGGUGAGUGCUCUCCAGGAUGCACAUGAUCCGAUGUAAACAAUACUAACUGCCAAACACAAUGCUUUACUAAAUCUUGUGACUAUGAUGGAAUAGAUUGCCCUCAAUGCUCUCCUGGCUGUAAGCUUGCUAUGAUGGGAGAUGGAGUCUGCCAAGACUUAUGCAACGUAAAAGCAUGCAACUACGACCAAGGUGAUUGCCCUUCCAGUGGCAGUACCUGAGAAAUUGGAGUUCUCAUGGCUUUUGGGGUUACAUUGAUAGUAUUGAGUUUUCUUUGCAUGUCGGUAUUUAUUUUUAUAUAUUGUAAAAGCAGACGACGGGUCUUACCUGAAAUUUAUAUUGCGGCUAAUAGUGAAGACACAGUCCCUAGUCUUACUGAAGCUAUCAUAAAUUCAAAAUAUCCAGAGAAAUAUUAUGAGGAAGACGAAAAAUAUAGUCAGACAACCUGCUCUAUAUGCUUAGAAGAUUUUACUGCAGAUGUACUAAUAAGACAAUUAAAUUGUGAGCAUAUAUUUCACAAGACUUGUAUAACAGAAUGAUUUUUAGAGCACAGCAGAGAUCCAAGAUGCCCCCUUUGCAAGCUCAAUCCAUUUUAA